AUGGUUUACAUUCUUUUUUGGUGUUUUAGUCUCAGUGUCAAUAUUCUAUUAUACUUUAAUUGUUUAUAUGAUGAUAAUCAUAUUACUAUUGAUGGAAAUACUAAUCUUGCAUUUACAGAAGAUGUUGGAAAAAGAUUUGAAGCAUAUAAUUGGAAUGUAUUGAAAUGUAAUGGAGAUAAUGUAAAUGAAAUUGAUGCAGCACUUGUUUUAGCAAAAGCAUCAGAUAAACCAACUCUUAUUUGUUGUAAAACUACUAUUGGACUUGGUAUGCCAAAUAAACAAGGCACUUCUAAAGCACAUGGAGAACCACCAGGACCAGAAUUAGAAUUAAUGAAGAAAGCAUAUGGAGUUACAGAAGAGUUUCAUGUUGAUGAAGAUGUUUAUGCAGUUUAUCAUGCAGCAUCAGAAAGAGGAAGUUUAAAACAUACAGAAUGGAAAAAGAUGUAUGAAGAAUAUAAGAAAGAAGAAGUAGAACUUGCAAAAGAAUUUGAACGUAGACUUAAGAGAGAUAUUUCAAGUAUUUCAGAAUUAUUUAAAGAAGAAAUUAAAGCAGAUGAAAAAGGUGAAGCUACAAGAAUUAGUUCAGGAAAAGCAUUUAAUGAAAUUGCACAAAAAUUACCAGAAAUAAUUGGAGGAACUGCUGAUGUUGGAGGAAGUGUUAAAGUCGUACUUCCAGGAGUAUCAUUCCAUGAAGAUCCUAAAGGAAGAAAUAUUCAUUAUGGAAUUAGAGAACAUGCUAUGGGAAAUAUGGUUAAUGGAAUGAGUAUUUAUGGAGGAUUAAUUGCAUAUGGAUCUACAUUCUUUGUAUUUAGUGAUUAUUGUAGACCAACUAUUAGAUUGGCAGCACUUUCACAUUAUCCAUCAAUAUUUGUUUUUACUCAUGAUUCUAUUGGAGUAGGAGAAGAUGGACCAACACAUCAACCAAUUGAACAUCUUAUUUCAUAUCGAUCAAUGCCUAAUUGUGUUGUUAUUCGACCAUCAGAUGCAAAUGAAACACGUGUAGCAUGGAAGAUAGCUAUUGAAAGAACUAAUGGACCAACUCUUUUGAUUAUGGCAAGACAAAAUAGUAAGAUUAUUGAUAGAACUGUUUUUGCAUCAUCAGAAAAUGUAAGAAAAGGAGGAUAUGUUUUAAGAGAUUAUGGAACACCAGAAGUCAUUCUUAUGGCUACAGGAACAGAAGUAGAUAUUGCUAUUAAUGCAGCAGAGAAACUUCAUAAGGAAGGACUUGGAGUUAGAGUUGUUUCACUUCCAUCAUGGGAAUUAUUCAGUCAACAAAGUGAUGAAUAUAGAGAGUCAGUUCUUCCAAGAAAGAUUCAUGCUAGAGUAUCAGUCGAAGCAUCAUCAACUAUGGGAUGGGAGAAGUUUAUUGGAGAUUGUGGUGUUGCUGUUGGAAUGCAUUCAUUUGGAGCAUCAGCACCAAUCAAUAAGUUGUAUGAGAAGUUUGGUAUUACCUCAGACAAAGUUGUUGAAGCUGCACACAAAUCAAUCGAAAAUGUUAAGAAUUGGUAA